GUUCUCCCUUAUUUGAUAUCAGAGAGCCCAAUGGAGCCUUCUGAAGAACCUAGUCAGAUUAGCAAAGAUAACUUUUUAGAAGUUCCUAAUUUAUCUGAUUCUCUUUCUGAAGAUGAAGAAGUUAAAGCUACCUUCAAACCUGGUUUCUCCCCUCAACCUAGUAGACGAGGUUCUGAAUCUUCUGAAGAUAUGUACCUGGACUCUCCACCUCCAGGUGCGAGAAGAGUUUCAUUUGCUGACACCUUUGGAUUCAAUCUUGUGUCUGUCAAAGAAUUCGAUUGCUGGGAUUUACCGAGUGUUUCAACCAAUUUUGACUUAAGGAAGGACAUUUUCCACACAGAAGAAUAUGUUUUAUCUCCACAAUUUGAAUUGCCUUCUUCAAAAGAAGAUCUCAUGCAACAGCUUCAAGUACAGAAAGCGAUACUGGAGUCAACUGAGUAUCCCCCUGGGUCUACAAGUGUGAAGGGCGUUAUUCGAGUUUUGAAUAUUUCUUUUGAGAAGUUGGUAUAUGUGAGAAUGUCCUUGGAUGACUGGCAGACAUAUUAUGACAUUUUAGCAGAAUAUAUCCCGAAUUCAUGUGACGGUGAAACUGACCAGUUCUCCUUUAAGAUUUCAUUGGUUCCUCCUUAUCAAAAAGAUGGCAGUAAAGUUGAGUUUUGUAUACGUUAUGAAACUUCUGUUGGUACAUUUUGGUCAAAUAAUAAUGGCACAAAUUAUAUAUUGGUUUGUCAAAAGAAAGAACAAGAGCCAGAGCCUGUAAAACAACGGGAAGAAGUUUCUAAUAAACAAAUAAAAGGCUGCUUAAAGGUAAAAUCAAGUAAAGAAGAAUCAUCAGGAACAUCCGAUGAGAAUAAUUCUGAGGAUUCAAAAAUUACAGAUACCUAUAUCCCAAGCAUUGUUUAUUCUCAUGAGGACAAGGAAGACUUGGAAACCAGUAAUCAGAAUGUAAAAGAUGUAAACAGGGAACACGAUGAACAUAAUGGAAAAGAAUUAGAGUUGAUGAUAAAUCAACGCUUAAUAAGAAGUACUGCUUCCAGAGACGAAAAGAAUACGUUUUCAACAGAUCCAGUCGAUUUUCCAAAUAAAGCUGAGGGGUUAGAGAAGACACAAAUCCAUGGUGAAGUAUACACUGACUUGUUUAAAAGGCCUUUGUCUCCAAGUUCAUCAGCAGAAAGCUCCUUAAAGGGAGAUUUUUACCACAAUCAAAAGUGUUCCUCGGGAAAUGAGUGUAGUCAUCAACCUUCAGAGGAAAUUACGUCCAAUAUGGGAGAAAUCAAGCCAUCACUGGGAGACACUAGGAGUGAUGAAUUAGUGCAAUUACAUAUUGGCAGCAAAGAAGUACUAGAUGAUAAUGCUAAUCCAGCCCAAGGGAGAAGCAGAGUGCAGAUAUCUUGUCCCUCCUCAGACCAAUUAAUGGCAGACAAUAAACAACAUGAAGGAGGAGCUAAGAAAAUUGAAAUAAAAGAUUGGGAACAUUUAAGAAGAGAUUUCCAUUCAGAUUUCCAUUUGGAAGAAUCGAUAGGAAAAGGAUCUUCCAAGAAAGAUUAUGACAAUGCUAAGAAUGACAAGGAGGAGCAAAGAAUACAUUUAGAUGUUAAUGAAAAACAAAGUAAAAAUUUUCAGUCAAUCUUACAUGACCAAGAAAGGAAGAUCGGCCACCCUGAAUUAAACGUGGAAGGGAUUGGAGCUAGUAACAGAGACCUGACUGUUCUGCCGAGUAAAGAUACCACAGUUCCCACCCAGGCAAUAAGAGCAGAUACUUUUCAUUUACGAAGGACAAACCUAAAUUGGGAAGAAGCUGUGUUAACCCCUGAGCAUGAUCUCUUGACUAGCGGAGGCACAACUUUAGGAGGGAUACCUGGUGAAAGUUGUUCCUCAAGAAACGGAAAUGUUUUGAGGACUGCUUAUCUUUUCCAAGGUGAAGAGGAAAAAUUGGAUUGGAUUAAUCCUGAAGAUCAGAAUAAGAACACACAGCAUAAACAAAGUUGGAAUGUUCUGGAAAGUCAGGCUAAAGCAAGAGAAAGUGAGAGAAAUAGAACAGAGCAGAUCAAAGAACAAGCAGAUUGUGAAGACAUGUGGGAAAAAAGAGAUAAAACAAGGAGUUUGAAAGCUACUCCUACCGAAGAAUUGUUUACCUGCCAAGAAACAGUGAGCUGUGAACUGUCUUCUCUAGCUGAUCAUGGUAUUACUGGGAAAGCAGAAGCAGGUACAGCUUAUAUAAUUAAGACAACAUCAGAAAGUACUCUAGAAAGCUUGUCUGCUAGAGAAAAAGCAAUAAUUGCUAAGCUACCUCAAGAGACAGCACGAAGUGACAGGCCCAUGGACGUAAAGGAAACAGCCUUUGAUCCACAUGAAGGGAGAAAUGAUGAUUCACAUUAUACCCUUUGUCAACGAGAUACAGUAGGCGUAAUCUAUGACAAUGAUUUUGAAAAGGAAUCACGUUUAGGUAUUUGUAAUGUACAUGUAGAUAAAAUGGAGAAGGAAGAAACCAUGUCUAUGUACAAUCCUGGGAAGACACAUGACAGGAAGAGACGUGGCACUGGAAAUAGAACAAGUGUAGAGGAAUCCUUACACACCAUUACAGGCAAUGAAAAAGCAGCCUCAAAACCGGAUUUACAUUUGGGAAUGCUACCAACCGAAAAAAAAAUAUUUCCGGAAAAUAGAGAUCAUGGGCAGGUCCAAGAAUUAUCAAAGAAAACAGAUGAAGAUGCCGUUAUUCAUUCUGCUUUAAGUUCAGACACUAAUAGGGCUUCUCAAAAUGGCUCUCACAUUUCCAAUCACCAUGCUAAAACUUCAGUGCCAUCUUAUGAACAGGCAAAUGCUGUAGAGAAUACAGUUACUACCAUGACUCUCCAAUCUAUUUCUGCUAAAUCAGAAUAUGAUUGGAACCCAACAAGUGAAACCCAGGGUACUGAAAAGCACCCUCAUCCUGGGUCUAUACCUGAAGAAGUUUCCAGAAGUUCAGAAACAGUGACGUCAGGUAGUAGGAGAGAAAGAUGCAUAGGCCAGAUUUUCCAACAAGGAGAAUGUAGUGUGGAAAAAUCUCUAGGGCCAAGGAUUUUAAUCAGUGAAGAUUUUGAGAGCAUGGAAGAGGCAAGGCAUGAAAACAAAGGAUUAAUAAACUCUCGACAAUCACUGUACACUUCAGGUGACAAGGAACCUGAGGGCUCUGCUUCUGCUUGUCUCCCUGCCCAGGAGAGUCAAGCUCAAAGCAGUGAAUCUCUGCUUUCAAGAUACACCAACUCUAAAAUACCUUAUUUCCUUUUGUUUGUGAUAUUUCUUAUAACCACUUACCAGUAUGACUUAAUGAUCGGCUUGGCGUUCUACCUUCUGUCAUUGUACUGGCUAUCGUGGGAAGGGGGAAGACAAAAAGAGUCUGUCAAGAAGAAGUAACCUCAGCGCUAUUAUUAUUCUCUCUUAAAAGAUAAGCUACUUAGCCCCAAACCUUUGGAUUGGUGAAAAAGACUAUUCAUUGUUCAAAGAGCCAGUGCAGUUUUUCUCUUGAAGGAUCAUUUAAAAAAGAAUGCGUAUGAAGUUUGCUCCUUCAUAUAAGUAAUUAUUCUAUAUAGGACCAUUAUGUUUGGAUCAUUAAAUACCUAUAUGAAUAUGAGAUCUGAAGCACGUCAAGUUGAAAUUAAGUACAGCUGUUGCUCCUUAGCAGGCUAUGAAGUUGCAAUGCUUCACGUCUCUUCACUACUUAAAGUGCCAUUUCUUGCAUUCAUUUCUUUUGCAGUAAAGCUUCAUUUUUUUUUCCCUGAGAGUAUUUUUCCCCCUACGGUUUUUAAAAACAGAUAAAACAUGGACAAUGGCAGAGGGCUUUUUUUGGUCUUUUAGUAUUAACCAUGAAAUUUGCAUUUACCACUGUAUCAUUUCUCAGCACAUUUUAAUAGAUCCAAUCUUUCAACUUCGAUUUCAUACUUUUAAGAAUGACGCCUGUGCAUACUGAAAUGUAUAAACGGAAAUUCAAGAAGCCCAUUGUUUGCUUGAAUAAUACUUUACAAACACACAUACCUUUUACCUCCUCUAUACCUACAAAGUCAGGAAAUUCAUAAGCCAAGUCUGACAAAGACUGAAGCAAUUGGGAGAUGAUCUUUCAAUUCUGCAAAAUUUUGUGGGUGGCCUCUCUGUAAGUGAUGUUUUUCUCUUAUAAAAGGAGAGUGUAUAACACAGCUGAACAAUUUCAAUGUCAACUGUUAUUCAGAAUUGAAAAUUAAAGUUCCACAAGCAUUGAUUCAGAAUGAAUUUGUACCUAUAAAGCACAAAGCAUUAAAAGAUACUAAUAAUUAAAAAAAGAUUUCCAAAUGAA